CGUGAUGGGUGGGGCUGGAUGAGCCUGCAUGCAUGCAUGCGUCAUGUGAUGAAAGAUUGAAGAGUGACCCCAGAAAUGAAACUGCAGCACUGUGCUCAUUGUACUAGACAUGUAAUCCUCAUUCUUUCAAUUUGUAGCGUUAUUCUAGCUACUGAUGUUCCUAAAAAGAAUGUUCUUUUCAUUGCAGUUGAUGAUCUGAGGCCAGAGCUUGGAGCAUAUGGAUCUGAUUUUAUAAAGAGUCCUAACAUUGAUGCUCUAGCCUCGAAAUCAUUGUUGUUUGAAAGAGCAUACUGUCAAGUUGCUGUAUGUUCUCCAUCUCGUGCUUCACUACUAACAGGACGCAGGCCAGAUACCAAUCAUGUGUGGAAGAUUGCAGGUGAUGAGUAUUGGCGUACAGUUCCUGAUGCUACCAAUGCUACAACUAUUCCUCAAUACUUUAAGGAAAAUGGAUACAUAUCUAUUGGUAUGGGUAAACUGUUUCAUCCAGGGCCUCCAAGUGGCAAUGAUGAUGAAGAGUAUUCCUGGAGUCCAGAGGGUUUACCAUAUUUUCAUGCAACUGAAGAAGAUAGCAUUGCCAACCAUUCAUCAUGGUACAAAUUUGACAAACCAGACAAUUACCUUGUGGAUGGUAAAAUAGCUGAUAAUUCUGUGUCUGUUCUACAGCAGUUAAAGCAGAAUAGAAGCAGUGGUGAUUUGAGACCAUUUUUUGUUGGAGUUGGGUUCCACAAACCUCAUCUUCCAUUUUAUUGUCCAUCAAAAUAUUAUGACCUUUAUCCUCCAGUCGAAGACAUUAAACUUCCAGAAAAUCCAAAUCCUCCUGAAGGUAUGCCUGACAUUGCAUUCAGUGUUUCAGAAGAAAUAAAAAAUCAACGUGACGUAAAGAUACUCAUGAAUGUAACAAAGUGUACAACUGAUGUCAAUGCUACAAAGUAUGGUGAAGAAUGUCGUGUUCCAGUUACUAAAACAAAAGAGUUAAGGAGAGCUUAUUAUUCUUGUGUCAGUUUUACUGAUGCACAAAUUGGAAAAGUUAUCAAGGAGCUGGAAUCUCAAGGGUUUGCUGAUGAUACCAUUAUAGUGUUGUGGGCUGAUCAUGGCUGGCAAUUAGGUGAGCAUAAUGAAUGGGCAAAGAAAACUAACUUUGAAGAUGCUACACGUGUUCCAUUCAUCCUUCAUGUUCCUGGUGUAACUGAUAAUGGAAUGAAAACUGAUGCACUUGUUGAACUGAUUGACAUAUUCCCUUCACUGACUGAACUAGCAGGAAUAGAUGUACCUCCAAUGUGUACUGAGAAUAGUCCCAAGUCCAUUGCUUGUGUAGAGGAUAGUAGUGUGGCCCCUUUAUUAAAGAAUCCAACCAUGGAAUGGAAGAAAGCAUCUUUCUUGCAGUAUGCAAGACCUCUUGAUGGUCUCCCCCAAAUACCAGGUUAUCCUCCAUUUGAGCCAAAUGAACAUGGGGAAAAUGUGAUGGGAUAUACAAUACAUGUUGACGAGUAUCGUUUCACUGAAUGGUACAAAUUUGAUCGUGAUACUUCCAAACCAGACUUCAAUUAUACAUGGGGUACUGAACUGUAUGAUCAUUCUACUCCAUCUACUUUCUUUAAUGAUGAAAAUAUCAACUUAACUAAAAAAGCAGAAAUGAAACAGACUGUGGAAGAACUACGUAAUAUACUGCAAGCUGGUUGGAGAAAAGCUCUCCCCCCAAAUAAUGAAUGA